AUGUGCACCAAGCUCGCGGGGCUGCUCGCCGUGUGCUGCCUGCUCGCCUGCCGCAGCCACGAGGCCGCGCUCCCGCCGAGCACAAACUUCCUGAACGAGAACAUCAGGCUGCUGCAAAACAUCAUGAAUACCAAGGUUUCCUGUGASGAGAUGAACGUGACAAAUAUCUUUGCAGAGCACAAGGUAAGAAAGCGAAAUGCACUCCUGUGCAAAGCGGCGACGGUCGCCGGGGAGGGCCAGAGCUGCCACCGGCAGCUGCAGGGCAUCUCGCUCAACCUGCAGCAGCUCGUGCGACAGGCGAGCGCAGCCCCCCAGGUACCCUGUCCCGUGGCAGCAGGCAACACUACCUCCCUGAAACAUUUCCUACAGGACCUGAACAGAUUCCACAAACAACUAGCAAAGAAGAGUCAAUUCUGA